CAAUUCCCCUGUUUUUUUCAUUCAUAUAUCAUAUCUUUCUUUAUUUAUAUAUCUAACAAUUCAUUCUUAUAUAAAGAAAUAAAUACAUGGUUGGUAAUAUUGACUUGCUAUCUUCCAGUGGGUCAAUAUUGACUAUGUACAACAAGGGUGUAGAAAAGAAUGUUAAUGAACAUGAUGAUAUGUUAGUUGAGGUUUGUUCAUCUUAUGAUGAUCUUGAAUUGGGGUUAGGAUUGAGUAUUGGCUGUGCUUUGAAGAAAAAACAAGAAGAAGAUGAUAAUUUGAUGUCUUCUUCUUGUUCAUCCUCAUCAUCUUCUAAUUCUGUUAAUAUCCCAAAUUCAUCAAUUGUUGCUACUAAAAUAAAUGUUAUGGAUUAUGCUUCUCCUAUUUCUACCAGUGUCGUUGGAUGGCCUCCAAUAGGAAGAGGACAACGGAUGCCAAUCUUGACUAACCGAAUCAAGUCAGAACAUCCCGUGUUUAGCAAGAACGUAUCCAAUGGUAGUCAUCAUCAUUUAUCCGUUAAGGUGAAUAUGGAUGGAGCCCCAAUUGGAAGAAAAAUCGAUCUUUUUGCUCACAACUCUUAUGAAAUGUUAGCUCAGACCUUGGAGGACAUGUUUCAUGAAAAACUAGGAUCUUCAAGAUUGUUGGAUGGAACAUCUGAGUUUGUGCUUACUUAUGAAGACAAAGAUGGAGACUGUAUGCUUGUUGGAGACGUACCUUGGCUGAUGUUUCUUGGCUCUGUGAAAAGGUUGCGGAUUCUCAGAAACCCCAAAAUGCAGCAUUGAGAUUCCAAAAGAAAACAAUCAAAACAUGAUGCAGAUGACCCAUGUUAUAAAUAUUAACAUAUACUUUCUGUUAGUUUAUUGAUCAACGAGAGUAACGGGAUGAUUGAUGAUGUUUACUUUUUUGGGGCUGUUGUAGGCUCAGAUCAAUGUCGAUUUAUUUCUUGAUUUUUUUUAUACAGCUUCUUAGCACCACGACCGGCUUUAAACAAGCAUAUGAGUUGUUGGUGCGAGCAUACACAAGGCACACUUCACUAAUAGUUUGGUUUCUUCGAAAUUUUGGUGUAAUUUGGAUUGGCCUUUGAAUAAAUAUACAGAGAUUUAUUUGUA